UAUUUGGUUGCCCUACCGACAUAGUGCCAAAUAUUUAUUGUGUCAAAAUAGUUUUUCACAAAAUGGAAAAACUAGAUGAACUGGGAAAACAAGACGAAGAAUUCAACAACUUUAUGUUGAGAGUGAACGAGGUGGGAAGUAUAGUAAAAAAGCUGGCCUCAAAAGAUGAGAGAUUGCAAGAAAUCGGAAAUUUAGAAGCGAAAAAAUAUCUCGGAGAAACCAGUGAAAAAAUAAUCGAGAAUAUUAACUCUGAGAAGAUUGUUCUGAAGAUAAGAAAUAAUAGAACCCUAAUUAAUAAGAAAAGUUGUGAGAAAAAUGAUACUGAAAUAUCUCAAGAAACUUUCAUGGACGAGGUAUCACAAGAUGCUGAAAGAAGAUAUAAAAAUAAAUUGGUCAGAACAGAAAAAAUGGAGACUUUCAAAAAGCAAGCUACUCUUGCUUUCAGGAGAGGUGAAUUCGAAAAGGCCCUCACCUUGUAUAAUAAGGCUAUAGAACAAAUCAAGGAUAGCUGCCUUUUAUACAACAACAGAGCGCUAACUUAUAUGAACCUUAAACUUUAUGAAAAAUCAAGAGAUGAUUUGAAGUGGGCAUUACGCAUCAACGAAAAUUGUUUGAAAUCGUUGUUACUUUUGGCUAAAAUCAAUUUCUUAGAAAAUAAAAUGGAUGAGUUUGAUAAGAUUCUUAAAGAAGCUUUAGAAAGGAAUCCCCAGAACGAGAAGUUCAUCAAAGUUGAGUAUAAAGUAGCAGAAAAUUAUUUCAGCAUAACGCAUUUCAUUUAUUUCAUGAUUUAUUUCUCAUAACUUCGUCUAUUCGUCUGAAUUCAUCCAUCAAAUUGCUCUCCUACAAGUAACCCUCAGAGGUAUUCGUGAGAUAUGUAUGAUAUAGACUUUUCAUUGAUAAUGUGUCACUACUUGGUAUUUACUCAAAUUUCCAUACUUUU